CUUGAACCGCUUGCUACCCUUAUUGUCGGCCUCAUAAUGGUAUUUGCUAAUCUGCUUGUUCUGGAGGAAGCUGCUUCAGACAGCAUAACUGGCAAUCUUCAUCCAAAAGUCGGCAUUCCAACACUCGUUAUUUUAUGCACAGGAACAUCGAUCAAGGCAGUGUUAUUCAUUAUCUUGCGUUCGAGAAACACUUCCACCAGUCGCGUGCUAGCAAUCGAUCAACGAAAUGAUUGCAUUACGAAUGUUGUCGCCCUGGCUGGUGCUUAUGUGGGCCACAGAUGGUGGAAGUAUGCAGAUCCCAUUGGUGCAACGAUUGUGAGGUAA